AGGUGACGUCACGCUUUCAUGUACGUUCAGUCAUCUCACACCGAGAGCUUUUAAAAUGCUUCAUAUCAAACCAGGUGCAUGAAGGAAGCAGCUUACAAACUCUGAAGAAGAAACAUUUUCAGAUAUUUCGAUUUUUACAAAAAACAUCUAAUCUGAUUGAGAGAUUUUCUAAAAUUGGAAGAACAUGGACAAAACUUCACAUUGAUGGACAGCGUGAUUUUGUUUUUACCAACUUCAGAUACAGAAAAAAGGAAGCUCACACUAAACAAGUUUAUACGUUUCAGUGACUGACAUGGACGUCAGUCUGACUGCUGUCGUUUACCUGCUGAUCACUGCAAGACACCUGGUUAACUCAACUCAUCCAGAAUGCUCCAUCGUUCUUCAUCUACAAAAGAAAGAAAACGAGUGUAAACUGAAGAUGAAGACCAUCGAUGAAGAAUCACUUCAGUCAAACAGUAAUAAAACUGCAGGUUGUGUGAUGGAGUGGGAUGGAGUGAGUUGUUGGCCGGCUGCGUCUGAAGGCGAGAUCGUCUCCGUCCUCUGUCCUCUUCCUCUGCUGAAGCCUGAAACUCCUCCAGUUGUCAUCACGAGGAACUGCACAGGCCGAGGAUGGAGUAAACCCAGCUUGCCGUAUUACAAAGCCUGUUACUUUGAAGAUUAUGAACAAGAGGAAGAUGUUGGGAAAGAGAAAAAUUACUUUGAUACUCUGAAGUUGAUCUACAGCGUCGGGUACGGAGUGUCUCUGGCUGCUCUCCUCAUCGCUGUCCUGGUUUUCUGCUGCUUCAGGAAGCUGCUCUGCACGCGCAGCUACAUCCACCUCAACCUGUUUGUGACCUUCAUGCUCAGGAGUCUUGCUGUGUUCAUCAAAGAUGCAGUGCUGUUUGCAGACAAAAGCACGGACCACUGCACAGUGUCAACACUCCAGUGCAAAGCAGCCGUGAUGUUCUUCCACUUCUGUGUUUUGUCCAACUUCUCCUGGCUGCUGGUGGAGGGUUUGUACCUGCAGACGCUGCUGCUCUUCACCUUCAUUCACACCAGCAAGAUUUUCUGGAUCUACGCAACCAUUGGCUGGGGUUGUCCUUCAGUGACCAUAGUUGUCUGGGCCAUGUUGAAAAAACAACUUGAUGAUGAAGGGUGUUGGGACAAUCUGGAGAGCAGCUUGUGGUGGAUAAUCAAGAUUCCCAUCCUGCUUUCUAUCUUUAUCAACCUCUUGAUCUUCCUGAACAUCAGUAGGGUCAUCGUUCAGAAGACAAAGGCCGCACACGUGAACCAGAGCGAGACUCACCUGUACAGGAGGCUCGUUCGCUCCACUCUGCUGCUGAUCCCUCUGUUUGGCAUUCACUACGUGGUGUUCGCCUUGUUCCCAGAACACGUUGGCGUGGGGCCUCGACUCUGCUUGGAAUUAGUUUUAGGCUCCUUCCAGGGUUUUAUUGUUGCUGUGUUGUAUUGCUUUUUUAAUGAAGAGCCACAGACGCCCCGUCAGAGACCUCAGGGGCCCCCAGGUACAAAGAAACAAAGACUAGGCAUGAAUGAAUCGGUGGAGGAGCUUCAAAGUGACCCUUUGAUGAAGUUAACGCUCUGCUGUCUGAUUCGAGGACAACUAGAAAAAGACUAUCGGAGGGAGUUUGAUGAGUUCAGCGUGAGCAUCUGA